AUGGGCAGAAACGGAACAGGUCCUGUAAUCCGGAUGUCUUCUACAGGCACGCACGCUGCCGGUGGAGUAGAAUGUUGCUUCUGCAGAUGUUGCACGUGCAUACACGUGGAAUUCCUGAAAACUUUGCCUGGUGUGCUAAAACUGAGCGAAACGAUUAUCAGCGGCUUGAUACAAAGUUUGUUAAUCAAUUACGGCUUGAAGUACAGUACAACAAUCGGUUCAGCUUUCGAGGGAUCGUUAACCACGUCUUCCGCCUGUUUCUUGACAUCGGCGGUGUUACUCGCCUGCUACAUCGUGUCCGAGAAAUCCUACAAAUUAAUUCGAUCGUCGUUAUUCUCUUACAAACUUUUUUCAUUUUCUCAUCAGGAACUGAUGUUCAACGCCCUGGCUUCUUUUUUGUACCUAAGCUCGGCCUCUUAUUUGGCAUUUUCUACAAAGAUAUUUCUCCUUCCGCAGUAUUACAUAAGCCCAGGAUUCGAUGUUUAUCCCGCGAUGACAGCUAGUUACGUACAUUAUGAGUGGUUUUGUCGGUGUGCUGCACGGGGCAGACGCAUAUCUCUCUUACAAGCAUUACAGAACCGGAAGAUGAAUUUGAAGGCGAGUGAAAAUAUAGAAAAAUAUUUCUUACGACUCGUGAUCGAAAUCUUCCUAUAUAUCUGGAAUAUAUAG